AUGAAGGUUGGCAAGGACAUCAGAGGAGGUGCUUGGUGUCCGAAAAGACCCAUUUCUCCGGAAGUCGAGGAAUGGCUUCAAGUGGAAUUUCCGGAACCGGUAUUGGUGACUGCGGUGGAAACUCAGGGACGAUUUGGCAACGGAAUGGGCAAAGAAUUUGCACAACAGUACACUCUUUCUUACUGGAGACCCGCCUUGAAUGAAUGGCGGCAUUUCAAAGACGCUUUGGGGCAUCAGUCCCCAACACUGACCCAUGGAAAUGAUAGUUUGUGGUUGGAUCAGGUUCAUCAACUGCUGGAGGCUUACUUUAAAAAAUAUCUCGUGAUGUGUGCUCUAUUUUCCACGGUUGGCAAGGACAUCAGAGGAGGUGCUUGGUGUCCGAAAAGACCCAUUUCUCCGGAAGUCGAGGAAUGGCUUCAAGUGGAAUUUCCGGAACCGGUAUUGGUGACUGCGGUGGAAACUCAGGGACGAUUUGGCAACGGAAUGGGCAAAGAAUUUGCACAACAGUACACUCUUUCUUACUGGAGACCCGCCUUGAAUGAAUGGCGGCAUUUCAAAGACGCUUUGGGGCAUCAGCCAAAAACUUGUGUUUUCCAGUGGUUACGACCAAUCUUCUUCCCGAAUCCGCAGAAAAAUAAUGGCGAUAUUUCUGGCGGGUAG